UGGCGCACGUGAUGCAGCCGUCAAGGGGCUGGGGGCGGUGUGCUUGCCUUCCCCUCGCCCUUCGGUGCCUGGCGCAAGCUCUCGCCACCGGCUUCCACCGCUUCCUAGCAAGAUUCUCAGGUCGAAGACGAUUACACCUUUAUCACCACAAAUAUCCGCCACCUUGGGCCUUCCUAUUAAUAGUUUUAGUAUCAUCUUUAAUUAGUAUAGUAGAUGCGUGUUCUUCACGCACCACACCAAAACCGAGGCCCCCAGCUCCUACACAGCGGCCCAACAUCACAUUCCACACGUACCAAUGUCCACCGGCGUACGCGGCUUGGUACUGCCUCAACGGAGCCACGUGCUUCACAGUCAAAAUUGGCGAUUCCCUCCUGUAUAACUGCGAAUGCGCAGAAGGUUUCAUGGGGCCCAGAUGUGAAUAUAAAGAUUUAGAUGGAUCAUAUUUACCAUCACAACGAAGAUUUAUGUUAGAGACAGCGAGUAUAGCGGGUGGAGCCACUGUAGCUGUGUUUUCAGUAGUGAUAUUGUGUGUCGUAGUGUAUCUGCACUACAAGCGUCGCACUAAGGCGACCAGGACUGGUACAGAUUGUGUAGAUAGUCGAACAGCUUCUGUCAACACUCCAACUUUCGGUACCAGGUGGCGAACGAAUCCACCCAUCGAUCUCCCCAUACGAGUCCAAGACAGGGGGGACAUGAAGCAGAGCAGUAAGGUGGAGCUCCACCAGGUGACCACCCUGCUGCCAGCGUCCAACGAACCAUGAUGUGUGUAGUGCAUAGCUAGCAAACUUGAAAACUGCUAUUUAAAUUGAUAGUGAUGUCGGCUUUAAUUGUGUAAAACUGUAUUUAGUGAAUUAACAGUGAGAACUAAAUUUAUACCCUGUAUAAACCUAUAUAUUAAAUGAAGUGAGUAGCACUUUGUUAUAUGCAGCUUCGCUAUUAACUUAUUUUAUUUUUUAUAUACACCAAUGCAGCUUUAUAUUCUGCAACCUAUUAAUGUCAAUGUUUUGGCAACAAAUUUAUAUAAAUAAAAAUAAUGUUAAAUACUGUAACAUUAACAAAUUUUAUUUAUUUUUUAGUAUCUGAUUGAAAACUGUCUAAUCAGCUACUACGGUCUUUUAAUGAAUUUAUGCAAAUGCCGUUUUGCAGUAGGUACCAAUUCGUCACUCCAAGCUAGCUAUGAUUAUUUGUAUUCUCGUAGUGAGCAAAAACUGUAUUCAAGACAGUGUUAAUUGUACAGCAAGUCUGAUAUAUGUAAGUCUGAACUAAGUUAUAUAAGUUAUUUAACAUUUUUUUGUAAAUACGUACCUCCUCGGAGGUAUUUUAAAUAAAUGCAGUCGUACAGAACAGAACAGGCCAUUUUUGCAGUCAUUCUGGAUAUUUCCGUUGCUGCCGUGAUUAUGAUUCGGAGGGAUAGCAAAACUUUUGGAGAGAUUCGAGUCCACCGCCGCUUAUUAAACUAGUCAUCGCUGUAAUCGAUAUAUAUGUAUAUGUAACCGUUACUGCUGUUGUAUCAAGGAUUUUUAGCCGUUUUUUUAUUAAUUUGAGCACGUUUCGGAAACCAUUAAGUAAGCAACCAAAAUAUCGGAAUACCAUUGAAAAUGGUCCAUCAGGCACUCGCGUACGUUCUGAAAUCUUUCGCAGAUCGAUGGUUUUUAAAUUAUCAUUUUACUUUGUGUUAAAAAUAUAAUUACAUUCCUGGAUGUAGCCGUUGAUGAAAGCCUCGCUAACGUUUUGUUAUUGUUAACUUGUUAUUUCGUUCUUGAUCCUUUAUCGGCGCUUGCUCUUAAAACCACCGCAGAAGUCGUUGAUGGACGGAAACCGUGUAUUUCGUGAUUUUAAGCACAUGUUGUCGAUAACCCAAUAUUGCAUUCUGUUGUAUAAAUGUAGAUAUUCGAUAAUCUUAUUCCAAUAAUGAAUGUCCCGCCAUUCUCUAUUAUUGGCAAUAAUGUAAUGUAAUUUAGUAAUUUAAAUAUUUAUAAGCACUUGGUUCCUAAUUUAUUAAAAUAACAUUUUGUAUUUUUUAGAAAACCAUGUUCUACGUACCAAAGUCGCAAAUGUCUUUUACCUUUAUUAUUAUUAUUUUUUAAAUUAUUCGAGUAUUCUAACAUAGCCUAUUUAUUUCUCCUCCCAUCCGCCCGACGUUUGUCACUUUGGUAUUUGGCCAAUAUCUGUUUGCCAGUUAUGAAAUGUAAAGUUGUUUACGCUCCAAACCAAAGCCCAAGUACUUUCCGUGCAACGCACACCAAAGUCCCACUCGAGUAUUUUAAUUUAUAAAAGUAUCAAUUGUAACCGGAACUUUCGUAUGCGUCGCACGGACGUGCGUUAUCAGACUACAAGUAUUAAUAUUAUUAAUAUAUUAAUAGUUAUUUUUUUUUGUAAGCGUUUAUUUCUACACCGCAGCGGCGGUGUAGGUUUUAAUUUGGCAUCAAUUUUUAUUCCUGUCUAAAUAUAUGUAUAUAAUUUUGAUGAACAAAUGUUAGAAUACUUAUUUGUUUAUUAUUUUCACAUAUGUAAUAAAUUAAA